AUGGCCGAACUGGAUCGACACACGUACUAUGGCGGCAAGCCGCAGCCGGCGGCAUCGUCCGACAAGUCCUUCUUCACGAUCAACCCGGCAACGGCCGAGCCGCUCGCCCGUAUCUUCACAUCAUCGGCCGCGGCAGUCGAUGCGGCCGUAGAGAGCGCCCAGGCAGCGUUUUCCGGCUGGGCCAACACGCUGCCGGUGCAGCGGUCACGGAUCUUACGGCGGGCGAGCGAGCUGCUGCGGGAGCGCAACGACGCGCUGGCACGGAUCGAGACGCUGGACUCGGGCAAGCCGUUCAGCGAGACGUCCGUGGUCGACGUGGUGACGGGCGCUGAUGUCCUGGAAUACUACGCCGGCUUGAUUGCCUCGGGCGGUCUUAACGGCGAGUACUUUGCGCUACGACCGGGCUGGGGCGGAGCAACGGUGCACACGGCCAAGGAACCUCUGGGCGUGUGUGCCGCCAUUGGGGCCUGGAACUACCCGCUGCAGAUCGCGCUCUGGAAGUCGGCUCCGUGUUUGGCUGCCGGCAACACGCUCGUCUACAAGCCCAGCGAAUUCACCCCACUGCACGCCCAGCUGCUGGCCGACGUUUACCGUGAUGCCGGCCUGCCCGAAGGCGUUUUCAACGUCGUCUACGGUGCCGGCGAUGUUGGCGCUCGUCUCGUCGACCAUAAGGCUGUGGCUAAGGUCAGCUUCACCGGCCAGGUCAGCACGGGUCGUCGCGUUGCCGGCGCCGCUGCCGGCCAGCUCAAGUAUGUCACCAUGGAGCUCGGCGGCAAGAGCCCGCUGAUCGUGUUGCCCGACGCCGAUCCCGUCGGCCAGGCCGUCGACGGCGCCAUGAUGGCCAAUUUCUAUAGCUCCGGCCAGGUCUGCACCAACGGCACCCGCGUCUUCGUUCCGGCCGCCAUGCUGCCCGAAUUCGAGCGCCUGUUGCUGCAGAAGCUGCAGUACGUGCGCGCUGGCGACCUCUUCGACCCUGCCACCAACUACGGCCCCGUCAGCAGUGCCCUCCACCGCGACAAGGUCCUCAGCCACAUGCGCACUGGCCGCGAUGUUGACCGUGCCCGCCUGCUCGCCGGUGGCGACACUGUCGUCCCGCCCGGUAUCCCGCCUGCCCUCAGCACCGGCUUUUGGCUUGCCCCCACCGUCUUCACCGACUGCACCGACGACAUGGCCAUUGUGCGUGAGGAGAUCUUUGGUCCCGUCAUGUGCAUUCUGCCCUACACCACCGUCGAGGAGGCUGUUCGCCGUGCCAACAACACCGAUCUCGGCCUUGCUGCCGGCGUCUUCGGUCGCGAUAUCAACCAUUGUCACCAGGUCGUCAACGCCCUCCAGGCUGGCAUCACCUGGGUCAACACUUGGGGCGAGUCGCCCGCCGAGAUGGCAGUCGGCGGUUGGAAGCAGAGCGGUGUCGGCGUUGAGAACGGCCACCGCGGCCUUGAGGCCUGGCUGCGCAACAAGAGUACCCUCAUCGAGAUGAGCGGGGUCGUGCCGACCGUGUUUGGCAAGCUGUAG